UGAAUAUUGGUUGUAGCGUUGGUCUUUUGAAGCAAAGGGGGUGGAGGAUGUAUUUAUUCAUGGAGCACAAUGUCGAGUUCUCCGCCCGAAAACCGAGAAACGAAGAAAAAUAUCCUCGCAUUAUCGAAUAAUUUUAUUUCUACCAUGUGCAUUUGCGUUAGUUCUCAAUUUGUAUGCUUUUCAAAAAACAUUUCGCCUAGAGGACACUGAACAUAGGCUUUAUUUUGAGUAUUUUGCACUGCAGUGUAUAGGCCCACACUACACUAGGCCUACAGUACACAAAAGAAAAGGCAUGUUCAUGAUGGCAUCUGGCAGCAAUGAUAACUGUCUGAUUCAGAUCUAAUCAAUACUAGUAAUCUGCGUGUUAUUCUCAAUAGUAUUAGCUAUAGUCACGGUUAUUCUCUCCCGAUUAUAAGGAAGGCUACACAGCAACCGAGAAAACACAGAUAUUAACAAAUAUACGCCUAUAAUGUAGGCCUAAAGCACAUAAGGCAACGAACUCCUCGAUUAAAGCCAUAGCCCUACUUUAUGGUUUGUUUGAGUCACAAUAAGGCCUGCAGUUAUUCUCGUUCACUAGACAUGAAUCACAUGAUUUACCUUAUUUGUCAUCAGAAUUAUGACAGUACUUAAACAUACAAAGCAGACCAAAGAUAAUAUUUUUUUUGCCAGAGGGACUGAUGGAUCCAAGGCACAGCACAGUACACAUUUAUGCUGUUUAUUGCAUAUGUACUGCUAUUCAUGUUGACCUGCCUAUAAAUAUUACAGUAUCGGACUCCUUUUAAAGAUGUCCCAACUUGGGUUAAGAGUACACUGACAUACCAAUCAAGUAGUCAGCUGACGGCAGUCACUAGAGUCAGGAGAGAGAGCCAGAGAAGACUGGCCUAUUUAAACUGUAUGGAGUUACUAUCAAACUUCCUGAUUGUAAUCAUUUACAUGCCAAACCAUACUAUGGCAAUGCUCAAUAGUGUCACAGAGAGACAAAAGCCUGCGUUCUGUGUAAACGGUAUAGUCCUACAGUAUAGGAGAUCCUCUCCUUCACAUAAAGGUAUACAUUUGUUUGAUUAUCAUAAUUUGCUAACGCUAUAUUGUGUGUUGGGUGUUAUGCAAUGAACUGCAGCGGAUGUAGCCUAAUUGAUGCAGAAAUGUUGUAUUCAAGCCAAUAAAUUCAGCAUGUUCUGCAGAACUGCUUACAUAAGUAAGAAUGGGGAAUAUCACAUAACUGGUAAUUUCCUCAGUAUGUSCUCAUUUCUAUACAUUUUUGCAUUUACAGUAUCAAUCAUUCAAUGURGUGAAGUGUGGUAAAUCACAACAAACUUGCUUAUUUAUGAUAACUUCCGCAAUAAUUUUGCAACUUCCGACAGCCUCGCCAUUCUAGUUUUUUUUCCCUCGUGUUGAUUAGACGCGCGCUACGUUUUUCUCUUUGCAGUAAAAUAACUUUACAGUUUUUCCAARAUGGCUAGCUUCUAGCUAAUACAUCAAUGUUGUUUUCACUAGCAUCAAUGAAACAUUCCAUCACGUUUGCCUGAACACAGAACCAUUACACAGCCUAGMGUGCUAGCUACGUGAAUACCGGUGCCGAACUAACGCGCGAUUUCCGACAGAAUUUGAAAACUUGAGGUGCAUCUUCAACCCAGUGCUUUACUCUCGUUAGCGUGUCUGGUGGUGUGUUUAAAGCUACAUAUCCGUUUUGCUUCAUUCGCGUGUUCCAAGGUUUGGUACAAUCGGUGGUCCUUAGGAUGGAUUUCCAAGGUGGGCACAGAACCAAUGACUCUGGGUUCCCCAACAUCGCCUAAACCCGGCCCGGGUGCCCAGUUCCUUCCCGGGUUUUUGAUGGGGGAUCUGCCAGCACCUGUCACACCCCAGCCUCGGUCAUUUGGGGUCAUGGAAAUGAGGUCACCAUUUCAAGCAGGUGGCUCUCCCCCCCAACCUGUAGUUCCUACACCUAAAGACAAGAGUGGGGCCCCUCCAGUCAGGAGUAUCUAUGAUGACCUCUCCAGUCCUGCCAUCGGGAUGUCCCCUAUGGGUGCACAUAAACAGCCCUUCUCAAUGAUGCAAAACCCACUGUCUGGUUAUAUGGCUGUCACACCAGGAGCAGCGUCCAGUCUAUUUAGUCCUGCUAGCACCGGUCAGCAGGCCAAGUCAACAAUGUCUCCAGCCCAAGUAGACCCUUUCUUCACUCAGGGAGACGCACUGUCUUCUGAAGACCAUCUAGAUGACACAUGGAUCACUGUUUUUGGGUUCCCUCCGGCCUCCGCGUCUUACAUUCUGUUGCAGUUCGCCCAGUAUGGAAACAUAACGAAACACGUGAUGUCCAACACUGGUAACUGGAUGCACUUUCAAUACCAGUCAAAACUACAAGCAAGAAAAGCUCUAAGUAAAGAUGGGAAGAUUUUUGGCGAGGCUAUAAUGAUUGGUGUUAAACCAUGCAUCGAUAAGAAUGUGAUGGAGAGCUCAGACCGAGGCUCGACCUCUUCUGGCUCAGUAUUUACUCCUCCAGUCAGAAAUGGAACCCCCAGCCACCAUGUCUCUACACCUCGCUCCUCUAUGAGGCCCCUCAGUGUAGCCUAUAAGGCCUCCAGCAGUGACUACCAGGUGGUAGCUGACAGAGAGACUCCAAGGAAAGAUGACAGUUUGGUUUCCAAAGCGAUGGAGUACAUGUUUGGCUGGUGAGAUGGUCUCCUCCAAUGUCUGAGAACGCUUCAUAUUUAGGACUCAAGACGUCAAUGACCAACAUCAGCCUUCUGUCAUUACGGAGUCAGUUGGCUUGUAUCCCUAAUAGCACCCUAUUCCCUACGUACUSCAUUACGUUUUACCAGGGCCCUAGGGAUUAGCGUGCUAUUUGGGAUACAUCCAGUGUGUAACUGAUUUUUAGAACCAAAUCACGUGGAUAUACUUAACCUGUGACUACWAUGCACUUUAUGUGGUGGACAGGAUUUUAUAUGUUAGCGUUAAAGUGUUUUUAAUUUAUUUUUUUGCCAAAGUCACGACGCUAAAUUGACCAACAACACAGAAAUAAACAAAGUAAAUAUUUUUAUUUUAUUUUAUUGAUCUGAUUUGAUGUGGAAUGAAUCACACAUAAUUAAGACUUGYGUUUGUACCAAAUGGCACCCUAUUCCCUAUGCAGUGCACUACUUUUGACAAGAGCCCAUAGUGGUCCGGUCAAAAUUAGUGUACUCUUUUUUUUAGGUUUAUAGGGUUCCAUUUGGAACAUAAUCGUGGCAUAUCUACAGUAUCUGAAGGAAGAGCUGCUUUGCCAGUUAAAAGUCAAGGUUGUACRUCAGUAUGUUAAACCGUGACAUUCGCUAGAGAAUGUUAAUUAUGAAAGGCUCAUACUUUUCAGAAUUAUUAAGAAAUAGUUUUUUUUUUGUAUGCUGUCAAACUUUUUUACAUUUUUUUUAUUUUUAUUCUCACAAAGUUGUCAGUCUUGUUUCUUUUAUCUAUCUAUUUAAAAUGAGCUGUUGACUUUUUCUACUGUAUCUCAGCUGACACUUACUGUUUAAAUAAAUGUUGCAUCAUUUGAAUACCA